AUGAGAGAGAUCGUCCACGUUCAAGCCGGACAGUGCGGAAACCAAAUCGGAUCCAAGUUCUGGGAAGUCAUCUCCGAUGAGCACGGAAUCCAGCCCGACGGAACGUUCAAGGGAGAGUCCGACCUCCAGCUUGAGCGUAUCGAUGUCUACUACAACGAGGCUAACAGUGAGGAGUAAUAAGAAGUUUUAACAAAUGAUUUUCAUAUUUCAGAUGGAAAGUACGUGCCGCGCGCGGUGUUGGUCGAUCUCGAGCCAGGAACCAUGGAUUCUGUCCGGUCCGGACCUUUCGGUCAGUUGUUCCGCCCUGAUAACUUUGUGUUCGGACAAAGCGGAGCCGGAAACAACUGGGCCAAGGGACACUACACAGAGGGAGCCGAGCUCGUCGACAAUGUUCUCGACGUGAUUCGCAAGGAGGCCGAAGGAUGCGACUGCCUUCAGGGAUUCCAGCUUACCCACUCUCUCGGAGGAGGAACCGGAUCCGGAAUGGGAACCCUUCUGAUCUCCAAGAUCCGUGAGGAGUACCCGGACAGAAUCAUGAGCUCAUUCUCGGUUGUACCAUCGCCAAAGGUGUCGGACACUGUCGUCGAGCCAUAUAACGCCACCCUCUCCGUCCACCAGCUCGUCGAGAACACCGACGAGACCUACUGCAUUGACAACGAGGCCCUCUACGAAAUCUGCCACAAAACCCUAAAGCUCAUUAACCCGACCUAUGGAGACUUGAACCAUCUCGGUAUUAAGUUCAACUAGUACUUAUGGUUUCUAAUUUGACGUUUUCAGUGUCCUUGACUAUGUCUGGAGUCACCACCUGCCUCCGCUUCCCAGGACAACUCAACGCCGAUCUCCGCAAGCUGGCCGUGAACAUGGUGCCGUUCCCACGUCUCCACUUCUUCAUGCCAGGAUUUGCCCCACUCUCCGCCAAGGGAACCCAAGCAUACCGUGCCCUCACCGUCGCUGAGUUGACCCAGCAAAUGUUCGACGCCAAGAACAUGAUGGCCGCUUGCGACCCACGACACGGAAGGUACCUCACGGUCGCCGCCAUGUUCCGUGGACGCAUGUCCAUGAGAGUAAGUCACUGACGAGGAACCAAACAGAACUAAAAAUGAUAUUUGCAGGAAGUCGACGAGCAGAUGCUCAAUGUCCAGAACAAGAACUCCUCGUACUUCGUCGAAUGGAUCCCGAACAACGUCAAGACUGCCGUGUGCGACAUCCCACCACGUGGACUCAAGAUGGCCGCCACCUUCGUCGGAAACUCGACUGCCAUCCAGGAGCUCUUCAAGCGUAUCUCGGAGCAAUUCACCGCUAUGUUCCGCCGCAAAGCCUUCCUUCAUUGGUACACUGGCGAGGGAAUGGACGAGAUGGAGUUCACCGAGGCCGAGAGCAACAUGAACGACCUUAUCUCGGAGUACCAGCAGUACCAGGAGGCUACCGCCGAGGACGACGUCGACGGAUACGCUGAGGGAGAGGCUGGAGAGACGUACGAAUCGGAGCAAUAA